UUACUGCUGCAUGCGAUAGGCCUCCAAUCGAGCACCGCACUGCAAGAUGAAUACCUGGAACAAGGAUGAGCAACUGAAUGCGCUCAAGGAGCUUCGCGCCUCAACUGAUGCCCUCAUAAGCUAUGUUGAGGCGCAAGAUGGAGAGCAGCAGAUUCCUGAAAAUGCAAUGUGGCGCUUUCCCUAUGCUCCAGAGGCCAAGUUCCAGGCCGACAAGUGGCGGCAUGACUACUCUAGGGCGCUCAUUUCCACCCUCAGCCCGACGCAGUAUCUGUGCGAGUUCAACCUCGGCAACCACGAAUGGGCGGCAUUGUCCGCCUUCUACGCGCUUGGACUGGCAGAAUUGCUUCCGAGGCCCGGCCAAAAGGGUGUCUCGGCCGAACAACUGGCCGCGAAGAGUGGUGCUAGCCUACUGCGCCUCCGCACGGUCCUGCGAUCCAUGUCUCGAGUCCACCUUGUCAGUGAGGUCGGCCAUCCGCUCUCGGAUGAGUGGGUCGGCUCUGAGCACGUGGACCUCAUGCGUAAAGACUCGCCCUCGCCGUUUGGGUCCAUGGUCGAGUAUUGCAUGGAUGACGCAGCCAAGUGCGUCAACACGUUGCCGGCGCUCGUCAAGAAGGAGAAUGCCAACAACAGCGGAACGUUUCUUGUCUUUGGCCACCAGGAUCUGUUCUCGUGGUAUGCCACCGAAGAGAGUGGAUACCGAUCAAGCCGCUUCAACCAAGCGAUGCAGUCACUCAACGGGAUUCUCGUUGGCGGCCCCACUGAGGACUAUCCCUGGGACCAAGUAACCGGACUCGCAGUCGACGUGGCUGGCGGUGUAGGCGGACAGACGAUCCACCUAGUAGCCCGCCAUAGUCACCUCAAGGUCCAGAUCCAGGAUCUCAAGGAAGUCAGCGAGGAUGCCAAGAAGCUGUGGGCGACGAUGCCGCCUGCAUGGGCUGACAGGGUUGAAAUUCGGGAGCACGACUUCAACGAGCCGCAACCUGACGACGUGGCAAAGGAGGCACAGGUCUACUUUAUGAGAUUCAUUCUUCACGAUUGGUCCAAUGCAAAAGCCAUCGAGAUCCUCAGAAAUCUUCGCAAAAAGGCCAGGCCCGACGCCAAGCUUCUCAUUCUUGAAGUGGUGCUCUUCGGCAUGGACCCCAGAUACGCGCAGAUCCUAGCCGUCCACCUCAUGGCCGUCGCGGGCUCCAACGAGAGAACAGAGGCAGAGUACGGGGCCCUGCUCAACGCCGGUGGCUGGAAGCUCGAGAAAACGUACAGGACGAGAAGCGUCAUGAGCGUCAUCGAGGCUACUCCCGCAUAGGACCAUUCUGCUCUUCCCUUUGAUGAGAAAAAAAUUAAUGGAGCUCUUGAUUUAUUUCAUUUCGCUAGGGACUUUUGCUAAUGGUAUGCACACUGGU